UGAACGAGACAAUGGGGAAGGAUUACUACAAAAUGCUGGAUAUACCACGAAACGCUAGCGAAGAUGAAAUACGAAAAGCCUACCGAAAAAUGGCUUUAAAAUAUCAUCCAGACAAAAAUAAAAGUCCCGAAGCUGAGGAGAAGUUCAAAGAAAUUGCUGAAGCCUAUGAAGUUCUCAGUGAUCCACAAAAGAGAGAGAUUUUUGAUAAAUAUGGCGAAGAAGGCCUCAAGGGAACACCGAAUCCUCCAGGUGCUAGCGGAGAAUUCAAAUUUGAGAUGCCAUCAGGAUUUACAGCUUUUACGUUCCACGGAGAUCCGAUGUCCACGUUUUCUCGUGUGUUUGGAAGAGAAGAUCCUUUCAAAGGUAUGGUAUACAGACUUAAAUCAUUGAACCUAUAUAAAUAAUCUUGCUGAAGACUAUUAAAGUGUGCGUAAGAAAAAAUAAAAUCUUGCAGCUUUUGGCUCAAUAUUUCACUUUCACUGUAACGAUAUAUGUUUUCCAUAGCUGACUGCGUGAGCUGGAUCGCUUUUUAUUUCUUGCAUUGCUAGAACAAAAUACCGAGCAUUUCUUACGUUUUAGUUGAGUUUAUAUGGAGAACUUUUGUCUUUCUUCCAGGAUUCAUUGAAUUUACUAGAAUAUUUCUUUCUAGUCGCAGACGCUCUGUUUGAAACAUACAUGUAUCAAUUGUCAAUUUUAUAACUCUCCCACGCACGCAGUUUGGGUUUAUUGUUAAUCCGUUUUGCGGUUGGUAAGCAAAUUUAAAUUGCUUACAAGCUUUUUUGGGCUUCUUUUUGUGGUUAAUUGGUCAGUCAAACUGGAAUAUUAUUGUGAUAAGGACAAAGACAAACCAGUGUUUUUACAAGUGAAAGUAAUUUUAUGGAAGAAUUUAUGUCAAUAAAUGAUAUUUCAUUUACAGUCAGAGAUUUUAGUUUGAAAAAAAUCAAUAUCUAUCUUUUACGGGUUAUCAGAGCUAAUGAUAAUUAAUUAUAGUCUAAGAAAUUCUAAGAAAGGUCUAGAACAGGUCUUUUCUGUGCGAUAUUUGUUUUUCUUUUACAAAUUAAAAUUGUUUGGGUCACUGUACUAAAUUACCUGAAAGAAUAUCAAGAACAACAAUGUUUAUCUUUUCACUUUGUCUACUAUUGUUAUCCUUCUCAGGGUUGUCUCUUGUCUAAGGAGUUUUUCUAACUUUUUAUUCAAACUUUGAAUUUAACUGCCUUGAGUAAAAAGAAAAUUGUGACAUGUCUUCUCCAGAGCAAGGAAACAAUGAGACUUAAGAAAUCUCUUUAAAGCCAUGUUUAUAUUUAUUUUGGGGGGAAGGGUUGUGGGGAGUUAGGGGAGAGAGAGACCAAAAAAAUCAAUGUUCAAUUAUAUUAUUUUUAUUUUGUCAGUAGUUAGUUAAAGUGUUUGAAAUGUGUGGAUCUAAUUAAAUUUUCCAUACCAACCAAUCCAUGGUGGGUCAUUGGAAUUACAAGGGUGAGAGACUGGUUUGAUAGUGUGAAAAGAAAGUGGAAUUACCAGAGGGGGUGCAAGCAAAAGAGACCCCUUUAUGAUGGAGAAUGGAAAAUUUCUAGAACCACACUGAAAAUUCCUGUUAAUUACCUUUGCCCCCAAAAGUGAUGCCCACAUCACUUAACAAUUCUUUCUUUUCAAAACUCAAAAUUUAUUAACCACAUUAGAUUACUCUAGAAGUUUAAUAUUUGCUGGAAUGUUCUGAUCUUAUUUCUUUUUUUCCACCCUCAGAUCUAGGAAUUAUAUAAUUUAGUAUGGGCCUUCUUGUGGAAUGCAAAUGUCAAUGUCAAUUAUUAAAUUGCUCAAACAACGUCAAGAUCUUCGCAUUUGUUAAGGAAUAAAAUAAAAUGGGUCUCACCACAAAAUUACUUCUUUUUUUUUUACCAGGAAUGUUUAAUUCUGGUUUUGGAAUUCCUACAGCAUUUGGAGGAGCUGACUUUGACAUGAACAUGGGGGGCUUUAAUUCCUUCCAGCAUCAAGGAUAUCCUGCCUUCAGUCGACAAAGAUCAUCCUCAUAUGAUGACAUGUCAUCAUUUGCACGUAAGAAAGCCCAAGAUCCUCCAAUAGAAAAAUAUCUUAUGGUAACACUUGAAGAACUCUUAACAGGCACAAGUAAGAAGCUGAAAAUUAUCAGGAAGGUUUUGAAUCCUGACAGAGUAACUACUCGUCCGGAAGAGAAAAUUCUCACAAUUGAUGUAAAAAAAGGUUGGAAAGAGGGCACAAAGAUCACUUUCCCAGAAGAGGGUGACCAGAAACCUCACACCGUUCCUGCAGAUAUUAUUUUCAUAAUCAAAGACAAACCACAUGAGCACUUUAAAAGAGAUCAUGAUAAUAACAUUCUUUAUACAGCCAAAGUCUCUUUGAGAAAUGCACUGACUGGUCACACGUUGGGAACAUCUGUUGCUGUCCCCACAUUGGAUGAGAGGACAAUCAACAUUCCACUCAACACCAUUAUCAAACCGGGGACAAAGCGCCGUAUAAAAGGAGAGGGUUUACCACUGCCUAAGAAGCUUAAUCAACGUGCUGAUAUGCUGGUUGAUUUUGAGGUUGAGUUUCCAACUCAACUUACACCAGCGAGCAUUGACAUGUUGAAGAAUGCUCUCCCAGAGUGAGACUUUGAACACGCUAAUUUGAUCCAAAGUUGGUAACUAGGAAGUUUACUUAGCUGAUGCUUUAAUGUUGUACAAGGUUUCUUCCAAGAGAACCAUUCUUUACGGAAAUCUUUGCCCUAUCUUGCUAUCUUGUAUCUGAUGGGGAGUCUGGCGUAGGGGUCACCUGGAAGCUCCCAAUAUGGAAUAAGGAUGCUUUGACUGAUUAUAACUUACUGGGUGAUUAGGGUAAUUUUUUGAUAAGUUAUGUAGUGCAGACAGGGGAGGGGGUAAUUAAAUUUUUUGAAGCCUUUAAAGUUGGACAAAGCAUGAGUUUAGUUAAGGGAUGGGCUGUGGCGGGCUGUGAUUUGCUCACUGCAGCCAACUCCACCCACCCCCGGGGCACAAAUGAAAUCCCUCAAAGUUGCAGAAUGUUGAAAUUUGGUCUCUAGUUCUGAAUGCCAGUAUAUAAUGUUAUAAUUUAAAAAAUUUGUCUUGUUGUAAUGAUUUUUGUAAGUCAGUUAACAAGUCCACAACAAUUUUCUGCGGACUGUACUCUUAUUGACCAUAGAAAUGAGCUGCUGGUGAGUGGUUUCACUGUUAAGUUUUGAACAUUUUUUGACAUCAUUUUUAUGGUUGAUAAGAGUACACACCAUGGAAAAUUGUUCUCCACUUUUUUAACCGUAUAACAAAGACAGUUUUGACGUCCAAUUCUGUUGAAGUUUCUCUUUCUCUUGAGAAAGAGAAAAACAAAUUUUGCCACCAUCACAUCAUUUCCAUGGUCUGUACUCUUAUCGAACAUAGCUCUCAACCAAUCAGCGUGUGGGAAAUCGCUCAAUCAUGGCAAAAAGGGAUUUUCACUUUACACGACCCAGGUAGUCAGGGUUGUCAAAAGUAGCCGGCUACCAGCGAAAAUCGCUUCCUACUUGGUUAGUAGCAGCUGGCUACUCUGCUUAACAUUUCUUUAUGGGUGGUGCUUUUAAAAUAAAAUAUUCCUAGACUGGCUGCUUACUUUGACAACUCAGCCGUCUACUUCAAAACUUUCUGACAACCCUGGCUAGUUAUGUUAAAAAAAUAUUUUAUUAAUAGAAGAGUGAUAUCACAUUCAUUGAUCCAAAGCAUUCACCUAUAAUAUUAUUGCACAAUGAAAAAUAAUAAUUCAUUAAUGCUAUGGUUUUUACCUUGAACUGAACUUGAUUGAAAAUUAGUUAUUUUAGGGACAUUAUUUUUCUCAGGUGUUCAAAUUUUGUGAAUAUUGUAUAUCAUGACUAGACAAGCGUUGCCCCAACUAGCAAAAACAGAAAACGUUUUGUUAUAACACUUUAAAUUGCAGUUACAAUGCUAUUAAAAGCAUUUUUAAUAAUUAUUUGCUGAUCAUUGUAUACUAAACCAGAGUUUGAAAAACAGGUUUGG